GGAAAGGAAUCUCUAUCCUCUAGGGGCUGGCUUCGGUGGGGAAAAUUCAUGUUCCUGCUCUGAUUACAUUAAUACCAAUUUGCCACAUAAUUUCAUUUAUUUAAUUACCCACUUAAUCACCCCUUCCUAAUCUCACUUGCUGUGUAAUACCACUCCCCUCCCUACGCUACCGCCAUCGCCCAUCCUCCGCCGCUUGCCUCCUCCUCCCCUCUCUCUCUCUCUCAAGAGAAACACCCCCUCCGCCUCCGCCGCCGCCGCCGCCCCCCUUUUUCUCUCCUCGCCGCGACGACCAUUCAUGUGGCCGCCGUCGUGGCUGAGCUCGCGCCGAACUCCGAGAAUCGCCGCCGCCGUGCCCAGAUCCCCGAGCUCCCGGAGCUUCUCCUGCUCCUCCUUCAAGGACGUCCAGACCCUCCUCGCCGACGAGCAGCCCGAGUCCGGAUCCGGGUCCGCGCCCCGCAGCCCCUCCUCCGUCUUCCACCGGGUCCGGGUGUCCACCUCCGUCCUCCGCGCCUGGGCCCACGCCCACCGCUCCCCGUGCCAGCCGCCGCCGCCGCCGCCGGCCCCCGCCGCCAAGCAGCAGCCCUCCUGCGGCUCCGAUCUGACCGUGGUCCUCUACUUCACCAGCCUCCGGAUCGUCCGCAAGACCUUCGAGGACUGCAGAGCUGUGCGAUCGAUCCUCCGCGGGUUCCGCGUCGCGAUCGACGAGCGAGAUCUGUCCAUGGACGCGUCCUACCUCGGGGAGCUGCAGGGGAUAACCGGGCGCCGGAGGGUGAGCCUCCCCUGCCUCUUCGUGGGCGGGCGGCUCGUGGGGGGGCUCGAGGAGGUGAGGCAGCUCCACGAGAGCGGCGAGCUCACGCGGAUGAUGGCGGGGAUGCCGGCGGCGGCGGCGGCGGCGGCGUGCGGCGCCUGCGGGGGGCUGAGGUUCGCGGUGUGCGAGGAGUGCAGCGGGAGCCGCAAGAUCUACAGCGAGAAGGCGGGGUUCAGGGCUUGCCCGGCUUGCAACGUGAACGGCCUCAUCAGGUGCCCCUCCUGCUGCUCAUCCCCAUGCUUGCGAAGCUUCAAGACAUAGCCAUUAAAAGGACGCAUUUUUAUCUUCUUCUUUGGUUGUCUCUUUCUUCUCUGCAUUGCUUCUUUCUAAGGGCUUGAGUUUUGGAAAAAGGUCAGCGCCUUUUGUGUCCUUUUUCUCUUCAAUUGGGUAAGAAGGAAAAGAGCUUAAACUUGUAAUUAUUGAAAGCUUUUUAAGAUGACGUUUAUGGACAGGGUUCUCUUUUGAAUGUUCGGAUGAAUGAAGGUGCAAUCAAAUCAGUCGACUUCUGAUGUCUGUUUUGUUACACGAGUCGUGUGUCCGUAAUUGGUAAAAUUGAGUUCAGCUGGCCUCGGUCAAUGGGUGACCAAGAAGCAAAGUGCGGUCAGAAACGGCCCAAAUUGCACUGUCCCAAAAUUUCUCCUUGUGAAAUGUAAUCAUAGAGAAAAAAAAAAAAUUUGAAUCAUAGGGUGUGAAAAAUACCCGAAUCAAAAUUAAAAUUUCCGAGAUUUUUCGAAUCAGGUCUCCUUUGUAA